CACUGUCACUGCUAAAAUCAGAGCAGAUAGAGUCUGCGCAAUGGAAUAAAGUCCUCAAUAUUGAAAUGUGACAUUGCUCUCAACAUCUCACAUCUCUCUGGAUUUCUUUUUUCUCAUUAUUUCUGCUAACAAAUUCAUUUCCAGACUUUGCACUUUUAAGAAGCAAUGGAAAACAUCAACAGUCUUUCAACACAAUUAUUAAAGUGCUGCUUUUGUGAUUUCUUGAAGGUGAAGAUGCACACUGUGUCCUACAUUCAUCUCUUCUACCUUGGCCUGUGUUUGCUUACCUUAACCAAUUCUGCCACUGCUGGCCCAGAGACACUCUGUGGUGCUGAGCUGGUUGAUGCUCUCCAGUUCGUUUGUGGAGACAGAGGCUUUUAUUUCAGUAAGCCAACAGGGUAUGGAUCCAGCAGUAGACGUUUACACCACAAGGGAAUAGUGGAUGAAUGCUGCUUCCAGAGCUGUGACCUGAGGAGGCUGGAAAUGUACUGCGCUCCUAUCAAGCCACCCAAAUCUGCACGCUCUGUACGUGCUCAGCGCCACACUGAUAUGCCAAAAGCACAAAGGGAAGUGCAUUUGAAGAAUACAAGUAGAGGGAACACAGGAAACAGGAACUACAGAAUGUAAGAAAAUGCCAUCCACAAGAAUGAAGAAUGAAUGUGCCAUCUGCAGGACACUUCACUGUAAAUAAAUUAUUUGUUAAACAUUGGAAGACUUAAAAACUAUAGUUUAUAAGCUUGAUGAAAUCUCAACCAAUGGGCAUUCUCCCAAUAAACAAUGCAAGUAAACAUUCCAACAUCAAGUCUUUAGAGAGCAGAAUGUUAUAAACCAACCCAGUACUAAAAAUGUUCUGAGGUUGGUACAAUGCUGCUUGAUUAUUAACCUGUUAUAAAUGUCCUGCACGAAAACUCUUAAAAUCCUGUGCCCCUCAAAAGCCUGCAAAUUUAUGGGCCUUUGAUGGAUCCAAUUGCACUAAAUUAACCUAUGAACCCUGGACGCUGGAGUCAUUCAUCAGCCUUGGCUUAGAGUUGGGGUUCCGUUUUGUUUGGUCUUUUUUUUUUUUUUUUUUGCACUUCUAUACAAGAACAGGCUGUUUGUUUUACAGUGUCUGAUAACUUUGUUUGUCUACCCCUUUCAUAUUUGCACAGUCUGAUAUUCCCAGUAGCAGCAGCAGUAAAGUAACACAACUUUUAGACAUCCAUUUAUUCCAUCUGUGGUAUUUUGACAGCAUAUGGGUUAAAUACAUUUAAGACAAAGCUUUAUUUUUCCACAUCUUGCUCAGAUGCAAAUAGUUGCAACCUGUGAGGCAAAUGAUUGUUAGAAGCAGUUAAAGCAUAUGUAGGCUAUUAGACCAUCAAUGAUUGUUUCAGGUAAAUUGUUUUGCAACAGUAUAAAUAACGUUUUUUUCUUCCAUAUAAUGCAGUAUGUAAAAUUUAGCAUAUCAAUAAUACACAUAUAUCAAACAGUAUGUAAAAUUCUCUUUUAUAGUACAAUGGUGCUAUUUUAUAAUCUAUUAUAUGAAAGGGUCCGGCCAAACCCGUAAAAGGUAAAAAGCAAAGUAGAAAAUUAAGCCAAAGAUGAAAUAAAAGAAAGUAGGUUAAAA